GUUUCUCGGAAGUGUUUCCGGGGAGGCCCGUCACCUUGGGCUCGUUUGAGUGCUGGAAGCAUGGCUGCGGUGUGGAGGAUGAGCGCUCUGUGCAACCGGGGCGCACGGCCUCUGUUCUUCAGUAAAUCUCUCCUGGCUCGGCCCCUGAUGUCCUCUAGAAAGACCAGGGAUGCCCCAGUUCUGCUCUCCGCAGAGAUCCACACGUCCCCCACACAGUUUGCUGCCGGCUCGAAGGCUGCAUCGUUGCACUGGACUGGUGAGCGAGCGCUGAGUGUGGCGUUGCUGGGAAUGAUCCCGCUAGCCUACAUGUACCCAGGCCCUGCUAUGGACUACUCCCUGGCUGCUGCACUUACUCUGCACAGCCACUGGGGUCUUGGCCAGGUGCUGACGGACUAUGUCCACGGAGACGCAGCAAUCAAAGCAUCCAAGGCAGGGCUCUUCGCUCUCUCUGCUGUCACCUUCGCAGGCCUCUGCUACUUCAACUACCACGAUGUGGGCAUCUGCAAGGCUGUGGCCAUGCUCUGGAGCCUCUGAGUUAUCAAUCCAGUUCAUUGUAAACCAGUUAUUUUUUAUGAUUUAAGAGAGACUGCUAAAUUCACCUAGGAAAUUGCAUUGGGUUGCUUAUUUCCAAGGGCUGCCUUGGAUGAGUCAAUCAGCCGUCUGAGGCAGAAGUCACAAGUGUGAUUUCUAAUGCACCUCCUGUAUCUUUUCACAGUGGCUCAGGGCAGCUGCUCGGUUAUACACAGAGCCUGUGAAUUACCUAAUGCAGCUGAAUUUCAACACCUCAUUCUGUAAUCACUAUAUAGUCCAUAGUAAUCAGUAUCCAUAGUAAUCAGUAUACAAAUAUAGAUCAAUGUUUAUAUAUAUAUAGACAGUCUGCACAGUAAUAGCACUGUGUGUAAGAGAGAUUGAUUGAUAUGGUAUCAAUAAUUCAUGUAUUAUAAUGGUUUACAGAAAGUGUAACAGACUUGUUCAUUAAAGUAUUGAGACUA